GCCGCUGCCAUGUCCUGGGCCGCGCUCCUCGGCCUCCUGGCCGCGCUGCUGCUGCUGCUGCUGCUGACCCGCCGGCGCACGCGGCGACCUGGCGAGCCUCCCCUGGACCUGGGCAGCAUCCCCUGGUUGGGCCACGCCUUGGAGUUUGGGAGAGAUGCGGCCAGCUUCCUCGCUAGGAUGAAGGAGAAGCACGGCGACAUCUUUACCGUGCUGGUGGGGGGCCGGCACGUCACGGUGCUCCUGGACCCCCACUCCUACGAGAGGGUGGCAUGGGAGCCGCGCUCCCGGCUGGACUUCCACUCCUACGCCACCUUCCUCAUGGAGAGGAUCUUCGACGUGCAGCUCCCGCACUACAGCCCCACCGAGGAGAAGGCCCGGAUGAGACCGACGCUCGUCCACAGAGACCUGCAGGCGCUCACGGAAGCCAUGUUCACCAACCUCCGCUCCGUCCUCCUGGGCGACGCCACGGAAGGGGCCAGCGGCUGGCGGGAGGUGGGCCUCCUGGACCUCUGCUACGGCUCCCUGCUCAGAGCCGGCUACCUGACCCUGUAUGGAGUGGAGGCGUCCCCACACACCCAGGAGAGCCAGGCCCAGGACAGAGCCCACUCGGCCGACAUCUACCACACCUUCCGCCAGCUGGACCUGAUGCUCCCCAAGCUGGCGCGAGGCUCCCUGUCAGUGGCGGAUAAGGACCGUGUGUGCAGCGUCAAAGCCCACCUGUGGAAGCUGCUGUCCCCCGUCCAGCUGGCCACGCGGGCCCAGCGGAGCAGCUGGCUGGAGAGCUACCUGCGGCACCUGGAGGAGCUGGGGGCAUCGGAGGAGAUGCAGGCGCGGGCCCUGGUGCUGCAGCUGUGGGCCACACAGGGAAACAUGGGCCCUGCUGCUUUCUGGCUCCUCCUCUUCCUUCUCAAGAAUCCCGAGGCCCUGGCUGCUGUCCGCGGGGAGCUGGAGCGCGUCCUCUGGAGAGCAGAGCAGCCCGUCUCCCAGACGACCACCCUCCCGCAGACGGUCUUAGACAACAUGCCCGUGCUCGACAGCGUGCUGGAUGAGACCCUCAGGCUCACAGCUGCACCCUUCAUCACCCGGGAGGUGGUGGUGGACAUGGCUAUGCCCAUGGCCGAUGGGCGGGAAUUCUCUCUGCGACGUGGUGACCGCCUCCUCCUCUUCCCCUUCCUGAGUCCCCAGAGAGACCCAGACAUCUACUCGGAUCCUGAGACGUUUAAAUACGACCGGUUCCUGAACGCCGACGGGUCGGAGAAGAGAGACUUCUACAAGGACGGGAAGCGGCUGAAGCACCCCACCGUGCCCUGGGGGGCGGGCCACAACCAGUGCCUGGGCAGGGGCUACGCCGUCAGCAGCAUCAAGCAGUUCGUGGUCCUGGUGCUGACGCACUGUGACCUGGAGCUGAUCCGCGCCGACGACGUGGAGGUCCCCGAGUUCGACCUCAGCAGGUACGGCUUCGGCCUGAUGCAGCCGGAACUCGACGUGCCUGUGCGAUUCCGCGUCCGGCCCUGA